UUUAGGCGGCACUGUAAUCAAAGAUUGAACUCAUGCAAAUGCUAUUUAUGGCCAUUAAAAAGUAUGUAAACACUUAAAAACUUGUGACGAAGGAACAUUUUGACAUUUUGUUGCAUGACGCUCUCAUGCAUAAAACUUUUGAACGCUUGAUGUGAUAGAGGAUGGACAGAGGAUGGAAGAGAGAAUGACAGCUCUUGUGCUCACUUCAGAACCUUGGUCCAACUUCACCAACCAAUCUAUACCAGGACCAAUCAACCGGACAUGUAAUUACAACAAAGACUUCAAAUAUUUGGCGUACACGGUCACUUACAGUGUCGUAUUGCCUAUUGGAUUUAUCUGCAACUUCAUAGCCCUUUUUGUGUUUCUACGUCUUACUCCUAAGAAGACUGCCAACACUGUGUUUAUGACUAACUUGGCCAUUUCGGAUGUUGGCUUCUCAUUGACAUUGCCUUUGCGCCUGGUCUACUACUUUAGGGGCGGUGAAUGGGACUUCGGAGACUUGAUUUGUCGCUGGUGUGUAUUUUCCUUCUACCUUAACCUCUACACCAGUGUACUGUUUCUUACCAGCCUAAGUGUGUUGCGGUACAUCGCCAUAAUACACCCAAUGCUCAACAAGAGCUUGGUCACGGUGCGCAGAGCUAGCCUAAUAUGCUUUGGCAUCUGGAUUUUUGUGGCUGGAUUGUCAUCACCGUUCCUCCUGACAGGAACUUUGUAUCGUGAUGGGAAAACACGUUGCUUUGAACCUGGGACCAGCAAGUCUUGGCAGCGAAUAUUGGGCUUGAACUAUGUGGGACUUCUGUUUGGAUUUGUCAUUCCUUUUAUAACAAUUCUAGUCUGCUAUGGAUGCAUCUUGUGCACACUCGUCAGAGGCCGGAAAGUUGGGAAUCAAAAGCGUGGUUAUAGACGACGCUCUGUGUGUUUGAUUGCUAUUGUCCUAAGUUCAUUUCUGCUGUGUUUUCUACCAUACCACAUUGCCCGCACGGUCCAUCUUCAUGCCGUUGUUUCAGGCAAGGAUUGCCAGGUCAUCGAGUAUCUCAAAAGAGUUCUGGUCAUCUCGCUUUGCACGGCAGCAUCCAAUAGUUGCUUCAAUCCGUUACUGUACUACUUUGCUGGCGAGACCUUCCGUACUUCCAUCCGCAAAGCUUCAGAUCGAAGAACAAGGAACCAGAGUUCCUUCAACCAGAGUUUUUACUAUCCAUCUUUGGGUCGCAGGAGCCUUUCAGGAACCUUGCAGAGAACAAAUCGCCAAAGUUUCAUUGACUCAUGCCAAGACUGUCCAUCUUCGCUUGACAGCUGUCAGACCCUAAAUAAAAAGAAUGAUAAUGAUGGCAUGCAAGCCCCAAAAUUAAGUAGGUCUCAGGAUAAAAAUGACACAGAAAGUGACAAAAAUGCCCCAGAUAUUUAAAAUGUAUGGUCAAAAAAUGCAACACAGUCUCAUGAUAAUUUGUAUGGGAUGGAGAAAUUACUAGAUAUCGAAUUACUCAUACUAAAAUGUAUUCCCAUAGAGACCAACCAAAUUUCACAUUUUAGCUAGCCUCCUAUCCAACACUUUAUUUAAGACAGGUAACAUCAGCGAACACAUUUUGGUACUCAUUUUUAUUUAUACGAUAAACCUGUAAUACUCCCCACGUCUUGUUUAAAAAAGAAUGUUUUAUUUCUUCUAUGUACACUAAAGUUAUUUUUUCCUAAUUGAAAUCAUGGCAGAAAAAAAUAAGGUGCCGCGGGCCGCAUCGUUGUAAUAAUUAAAUAAAAUGGAUAGAAACUUCUAGAUUUGAGACUAUGCAUAAUCUUUAAAUUGUGUACUUAAUAUUAUGCAAGUUUUAAUCAUAAUUUGUGCUCUAUGGAAUGCUUGUGUA